AUGGCUCCCACAACCUCUCCACCGCGCAUCGCCGUCAUCGGCGCCGGACCCUCCGGCCUCAUCCUCCACCUCACCCUCGUCAAGCGCGGCGUCCCCUCCACACUCUACGAACGCGAGCCGAGCCCGUCCGCGCGCGCACACCUCGGCGGCACCCUCGACCUCCGCUGGGAGUCCGGCCAACGCGCACUCUACGAGAACGGGCUCGAGGCCGCCUUCAAGGCCGUGUCGCGCCCCGAAGGCGACGAAGCCCGUAUCUGCGGCAAGGACGCCCGCGUCCUCCUCGAGAUCAUCGGCGACCGUGACGUCCGUCCCGAAGCCCUCAGCCCCGAGAUCGACCGCCGCGCGCUGCGGCAGAUCAUCCUCGACGCCGUCCCCGCCGACUCCGUCAAGUGGGGCUACGCCCUCAGCUCCGUCACCCCGCACGGCGACGGCACGCACACCCUCGCCUUCGCGAACGGGCACACCACCGUCGUCGACGUCCUCGUCGGCGCGGACGGCGCCGCGUCGCGGAUCCGCCCGCUCGUCACCCCCGCGCAGCGCUACUUCUCCGGGAUCACUGGCGCGGAGGUCGUCAUUCCGCCAGACGUCGUCGACCGUGCUGAUAUGGCGGACGCGCGCGCGCUGGUCGGGAACGGGACGACGUUCGCGAUGGAGGGCGGGAUGAUGAUCAACGCGCAGCGCAACAGCGAUGGUCGCGUGCGCACAUACGCCUGGUUCCGCGGCCCGGAGGACUGGCCGCUCCCAUCGGACCCCGCGGAGGCGCGCGCGGUGCUCCUGGCCAAGUUCGAGGGGUGGGCGCCGGUGCUCCGGAAGUUCAUCGAGCACGGCGCGGACGACGGAAUCUACCACCGGCCGCUGUACAUGCUCCCGCCGGGGCUGCGGUGGGAGCACGUCGACGGGGUGACGAUCAUCGGGGACGCGGCUCACCUGAUGACGCCGUUUGCGGGGAUGGGGGCGAAUGUGUCGAUGCUGGAUGGGCUGGAGAUGGGGCUGGCGAUUGCGGAGGCGGUGAACGCGGGGGCGAGCAGGGAGGAGCGGGAGGUGGCGAUCAAGAAGGCGGAGGAGAAGCUGUUUGAGGUGAGCGCGAAGUGGACGACGAUUACGGCAACCAACAUGGAGAGCAUCACCGGGCCCGAUGCCCCAGAGUCCGUUGUCCAGGCAUUCAAGCGUGCGAGGGAAAUUUCAUAG